AUGAGUUUAAAUAGGAUUAUCGCAAAUGGAGUCGGCGCGUCGGGAAAUAAGAAGAAUCCUAACGAAAGUCCCUGCUACUUCUGUAAUGAACUCUUCGAAAUGGGUCAGCUGCAGAAUCAUUUGAAACAAUGCGGCAGUAUCCUGGAACAGUGUCCUCUGCGCUGUGGCGCGUGGAUACAGAGGAAACACAAGGACACGCAUGUCAGGGAAUGCCCGCAAAUGGAGAAGGCUCGCAACUCUACAUCUCCGAGUCACGCCAGCAUGCCAGCCCCUGCCCCACCUGUACCACCAGCCUCCGUCCACACCUGGUCUCCGAGAUCUGUACCUCUGGAAGACUGCGUCUCGUACCUUGAGAAAGAAGUCGCUAACAUCAAGCUAGUGAUAACAGAAGAGAGUAGUCACCGCGACAUCCAGUCUACAGAGAUGGAGACGAUUCGCUCUAAGUUGGUGCUGGUCGAAGAACGGACUCAGCAUUUCCUGUCGACCCUGGUGUCUCUGAGAGCGGCCGUGGAUGAUGAGGCCAGUCGUUCCGCUAACUGGGCUGCACAGUUCAAACAUGACUUAGCCAACGUCCAGAUAGCUUUACAGGAGCUUCAAAGUCAACAGUUAUCAACUGCGAUGCGCUUGGAGAGCGCAGUCAGCAGUCUGGUCCACGAGCAGAACGAGAGGGAACUCCUCGAGCAGGCCCUCACGCAGCACGACAGCAGGAUACGGGCCGUUUAUAAGCUUGAGGAUGUCAUUGAAUACUUGAAGCAAACAGUGGAAGAGGAGAGGGAACGCAACGCUGAAAAUCGUGCGGCAUUAGAUACGGAACUGCUGGAGGCGCGCAGGUCUUCGGAACAGCUGGCCCAGCUGUCCGCUUUGAGAAGCCAGCUGCAAAACAGUGGCCCGGAUAGACCGCUACAGGUUGCGUCCCAUAACAAGCAGCGUCCCUUUUCCCAAGGAAUCAGAGUCAAACCAUCCGGCCUCUUACCAUCCGACCUGCUGAGGCCUGGUGGUUCCAACACACACGGGAUAUUUGCGGAGACCAAAGCACGUCGAAUAAUAUCAUUAAGUGCAUGGUGUCUCGGGAAGCGGCCAACCGAUCUAACACAACUCAGUCCAUGCAGCCCGGCGGCAUCCACCAUACUACCACAGACACAUCGAUGGGGCUCGCAAAUGCUGCAACCGAGUCUCAAAGCUGUGGCCACUCUCAAUGAAUUAUUAUCAAGAAGUAUCCCCAGCUGUGGUGAAGGCAAUGCUUGCAACCAAGCACCAGAUUCCGGACUGGAGACCGCUUUCAGGCGCGCUAAUUCAACUCCAGCGGCGUCUCCUAGCAAAGUUGAUAAAGUCAGCUUGCACAGCACAUCAUCCCAACACCUCUGCGAGCUCCUGUUCACCGGGAGCGCCUCAUUCGGACAUAAAAGGCCCCAAGCCGCCAAAGCCUCGCUCGCAAACGGAAUCGUAGAUCCAUUACCAUUCGUACCCAGUAACUUAGCAACAAAGUCUACAACCCCAUAA